AUGUCUGAAUACCUGCAGCCUUUGCAGUUGGGGUUUGGAGUGCCUUUAGGGUGCGAGGCGGCCAUUCACGCCGCUCGGUCUUUUGCCUAUUUAAGGGAUGGAUCGGAUAGCAUCAUUUUCAAGGUUGAUUUAGAAAAUGCGUUUAACAUGGUGGAGCGGGACGUAUUUUUAAAAAGGGUUUUAGAGCGCGUUCCGUCUCUCUUCCCGUUUCUCCACCAAUGUUACGCAAGGCCCUCAAACUUAUUCUUUGGAACUAUCCCUGUCGAGUCUCAAGUAGGGGCGCAGCAGGGUGACCCUUUAGGCCCCCUAAUUUUUAGCCUGGCCAUACAUGACGUGGUGUCUUCCCUCCGGUCGCCGUUGAACCUAUGGUACUUAGACGAUGGCACCGUGGGGGGUGACGCAGAUGAGGUUUUGAGCGACAUUGAAUCUCUGGUUCAGGGCUUGGCUGCAUUGGGCUUGCGAAUUAAUCCACGGAAGUCAGAGGUGUUUGCGUGUGCUGGUCAGUUGUCGCCGGCUACCCAGAAACGGCUGGACGUGUUGGUGCCAGGUGCUAAGCUCUUGGACAGGACAACAUUCAUGCUUUUGGGUGCGCCAAUUUUUCCCGAAGGAGUGCCAGCUCUGGUUCUGUCCAAGAUGCGUACGUUGGCUGAAACCAAGUCGCACCUCUGCCAGCUUUCAGCACACGUGGCGCUUUCCAUCUUGCGGGGCUGUUUGUCCAUACCGAGGCUGACAUAUUCGCUGCGUACAGCCCCAGUUUGGCUGCAUAGAGAGGAGUCCAAGCAGUACGAUGAGGUGUUGAAGGACCUCCUGGAGGCUAUUGUCAACAUCAGCAUGUCCAAUGAGCAGUGGUCUCAAGCGGCGCUACCUGUGAGGUAUGGUGGGCUGGGUUUAAGGCGCUUGGAGGACACUCAACUGCCGGCUUUUCUGGCAUCGUCUUGUGGGGUGCUGCGGCUUGUCACUCGCAUUUUACAUGUUAAUGGUGAUGAGUUCAGUAUUCCCCACGCGGCAGAGGCCCUGGAGUUAUGGCAGUCUGUGUGUCCUGAGAGUGCUGUGCCGGUGCAGCCUGAGCGUCAGCGUGCUUGGGACGAGGAGCAGUGUCGCUUGCAGUUGAACAUGCUGAUGCUGCGCAAUGCCGGGGCUGAGUUGGCGCGUUUGCGGGCGGUCUCUCAGCCAGAGUCAGGGUUGUGGCUGCAUGCUUUGCCAUCGCCACAGUUGGGAACGUUGUUAGACAACGAUUCCUUGCGGGUGGCGGUGGCUCUGCGUCUCGGCUGCACUGUGGUGGAACCCCAUGUUUGUGUCUGCGGCGCGCGGGUGGAUCAAUCGGGACGUCACGGGUUACACUGUGUGCGUAGUGCGGGCAGGUUCUCACGGCACCAUGCUAUCAAUGACAUCGUCCGGAGAGCUCUUGUUUCUGCGGAUGUCCCGGCGGUCCUGGAGCCACCAGGGUUGUCCCGGGCUGAUGGCAAGCGUCCGGAUGGACUCACCAUGGUGCCGUGGGAGAAGGGCCGCAGUUUACUCUGGGACGCGACGUGCGUCUGCACCCUCGCGCCGUCUCACGUGCAGUCUACAGCGGCCAAUGCGGGUGCCGCUGCUGAAGCCGCGGCUCGGCUUAAAAAACUUAAAUAUAGCCAGCUAAUGCAGCGGUAUCUGUUUGUGCCCUUGGCAGUGGAGACGAUGGGGGUGUGGGGAGAAGAGGGCAGGGCCUUCUUAAGGGAAAUCACCAGACGCUUGAGGAGUCGUGGUCUGGGAUCUUCUUCCGGGGCACACCUGAUGCAGAGGCUAUCCCUGGCUGUGCAGCGUGGUAACGCUGCCAGUGUCAUGGGUACCUUUGGGUCGGGUGUGGCUCGGAGGGGUAUUUUUGAUUAG